AUGGUGAGUUUUGAGUAUUCUAAUUUGAGUAUACGGUGUUAUUGUAGCUUUAAUACUAGUUUUGUAUUGAAACAUGUCUAUAAUACCAGGGAUACUAAUCUUACCAAUAUUGUAGUAUUUCUGGGCGGAGAAAAUGGUUUCCGACAACAAACCGUCGAAGCAGAACAGAAGUUCCUCCACCCAGAAGCGACAUUCGCUUCGGCCAACAGCCGAACAGAACGAAGCAGCAGCAGUGGCCAGAGAUCGAGCAGCGGCUAAGGCAAUCAAAGGCCCCACCAGUGGAAGUAGCGUCCUGAUCAACAUCCUCCGAGCCCUCUCAGCACGUGCUAUAUUCAUCCUACACUCGUUGGCCACGAUCUGGGCAGCUGUCACGGUGCAAGUAGACAAUUCGAUAUGGGGAUUCGCACUGAUCUCAGUGAGUAUCGUGCUGGAAGGUGCUCAUGCCAUCCUGAUGAGAGUAGGAGAUGAAAGGAAAUGGUUCUCGCCCAGCAUCUUACUGUACAUCCUUGCUACAGCUCCGCCAAUAUGGCUACUAGAGACUAAACUGUGCCAAUGGAGACAGACAAACGGUACGACUUUUGAAUUUGACAAAAACAAUCUGUACCCGACAUAGGGAUGACAAAUUUUGUUAAAUUAGCAUUACUAAUCCAAACCUUUCCAGAUGAAAGACUCGAUAAGAUGUUCGAGUAUCAGAUCCUAGAGCAGUUACUCUUGGUCGUACUCAUUGUCGGCCGAUGGCUACUGCCUAAAGGAGACAUUAGUCGCGAACAGCUCUCUCAGAUAUUAUUAGCCUAUUUGGUAAGACUCUUUUUUGACCAAUUACACAUUUCCAGGCUAUAUCAUCAGACAUUGUGGAGUUCUUCGACGUCUUCAAAGAAAAAGUUGUCUAUCACAAUAUCCACCUUCAGAAGCUGGUACUUCUUGCCUGGACUGUAAGUUAAUAGUUGUCGUUUUGUCAUUAUUUGGAAAGGUAUAUUUAACUGAUAAACUUUUUGUUAUAAUUUUGUGUAUAUUAUUUAAUAAUAUCAUUUUAGGUAUCACUCCUGCAAUUUCCGUUUAUCUUAACUGUGAGUCGUGCCAGAAAAAUGAGAGUUGCCAUUACUGACGACGAAACAAUCAUAAGCAAACGAGACAUGUCUCAGGUAAGCUUGUCAUACGUAAACACGAACUUUUAUUACAAUAACAUAAGUCUUGAUACAACUGAAUAAUCUUAACUCUAACACAUCUAGGUAAUGUACGACGUUGACAUAUGGGCCAUUGUUGUCGCCAGCUGCUUACAAGACAUACCAUUCUUCCUCGUUCGUGUAUAUCUGAUAGUUCAUUACAAGCUGGUCACCUACACCAUGAUAUUCUUCUUAUCAAAAAACGCAUUAAUCAUCGCCCUUCAGUUCUACCGUGCCGUUAUUCUGUUCAACGACCGUUAUCUGCAUCCAAGACGCGAUUCGCAUAUAUCAAUAGUUAUGGAGCCACGCCGAAGAUCCACCCUGAACAAGGAGAACAGCGAUCUCCCAUCUCCGCAGCUGUCUACCACGGCCGAAGACAAGAAGAAGUCGGACAGGAAGAUGAAGGCCAGGAAAAGUGUACCAUCGGAAAGUGCCUCGACCGAACCAAUAAAAUCAGCCAGCAGACGAGCCUCGACUGCUCCCCAUGUUCACCACAUCAAUGUAAAACUAGUCAAGAACGAAGAACCGAAUCCAGAAAAACGUCCACGAUCCGCGUUUGAUAAGUAUAUCGAUUAACAGUAUUGAAAUAAGUGUAUAUUUGUAAAUUUGGAUCAAUAAAUAAUGAGGAUAAACAAAAAAAUUCAGGAUCAUUGCUAUUUUUAACAAUAUGCGAUUAGAAAUAAGUUAUACAUUAACAGCGCUUGGGUCCCGAAACGAAAAUGGCAUUUUCGGUCUUACUGUAUGUAAAAGAAGUCUCUGUUUUCUCGUGUUUGCCCUUUUUAAUUUUUCGUUUGUUUUUGUCGCAACUUUAAGCCUUUUUCGUUUUUUAAAUUAGUUUAUUCAAUUUUUAUUGUUGUAGGUUUAUCAUGGUUGCCGGUAAGAAAGCCCCAGCCCCAAAGGCCGCUAAGGACACCAAGACCGCCACUAAGGCUCCAGCUAAGGCUGCUCCAGCCCCAGGUAAACCAGCUGAGACUAAGGCCCCAGCCAAGCCAGCUGCUCCAAAGGCCGCUGCUCCAAAACCAGCUGCCGCUAAGCCAGCUGCACCAAAGCCAAAGGUACAGAAGAAGAAGGCCGGAGGAAAGAAGAAGCGCCAGGUCGUGAAGUACGUCAUUGAGUGCAAGAACCCCGUCGAAGAUGGUAUCCUCAAAACCUCUGCCUUUGUAAGUUUUCAUACCUAUUUUCAUUUUUAGUAAUGUAUAAUAAGAUGGAAAGUUAUUUCCUCAAAUGGGUAUAGAGAUCUCUCCUCUAGUAAACCCCGUUUGAUUUCAGGAAGAGUUCUUGAAGGACCGCGUGAAGGUCAACGGAAAGACCGGUCAGUUGUCCCAAAACGGUGUCUCUAUCACCUCCACCAAGACCGCUGUCACAUUGACCUCCGAUGGUGACUUCUCCAAGCGUUACCUGAAGUACUUGUCCAAGAAAUACUUGAAGAAGAACUCCCUCCGUGAUUGGCUCCGUGUAGUCUCCUCGGCCAAGGACACCUAUGAACUCAGAUACUUCCAGAUCAACCAAGAUGAGGAGAUGGAAGGUGACGAAUAA